UGUUACUGAUAAACUUGUGACUUCAUACAGGAUACUUUACGGACUGUGUCUACUGAUAUUUGAACAUUCUCGAUACAUAAUGUAGAACGGGACUCAUGUAUACGUAUAUAAGUGAGGUGUUUUGAAGGAAAUUUGAAUGCUUAAUUAGUAUCUUGUAGAAAUUCAGCGUCGUGAGUCUACGUCAACACCGGUGACAGAACAAGGGGGUGGGUCGCCACUCGAAUUACAGCUGACUUGCACAGAUGUAAACAUCACAUAGUGUUGUCCUAAUUACAUAACACAUUUUCUAGUUUUUUUUGUCAUAAAUUGAAAUAUACACGUUUCAAUUUGCUCAAACUAAUUCGAAUCGACAAGGAAAAUGGCCGAUUUCUUGGCUGAAAAUAACCCAUGUGGACAGAACAUUUUGAGACUUGUGGCUCGGGGGAGUUCUAUCAUAGCCGAACUGUUAAGACUUUCUGAGUUCAUACCUCCUGUGUUUCGUCUUGACAACCAGCCAGACAAACUGAGAUAUGGAGAACUCAUCAGUGACUUUAGCUAUUUCCGGAAUCUUGAAUAUUUUGAAAACAAAAUUGAAUCAAAAGUUGAGUUACAAGACUUGGACCAAGAGUUUAAUGAGAAUAACAUUGAGAUAUUGACGAGGUUUUAUCAGGCAUUUGCAAGUGUGCACAAAUAUGUUACAGAUUUGAACAGGUUUCUGGAAGAUCUAGAAGAAGGAGCCUACAUCCAACAAACUUUGGAAAGUGUUCUUUUGAAUGAUGAUGGGAAACAGCUUAUGUGUGAGAGCCUGUUCCUUUAUGGGGUGAUGCUUCUGACUAUUGAUAUGAAGAUUGAUGGAAUCAUCAGGGAGCGGAUAUUGGUGUCUUACUAUAGAUACAGUGCCCAGAAGGCUGCAGCAGCUGAUUCCAGUAUAGACGAUGUCUGUAAGCUUCUCAGGAGCACAGGUUACAGUAACUCUGCUGGAGCCAAACGACCACCAAACUACCCAGAAUCCUAUUUCAGUCGUGUUCCAAUACCUGAGGAAUUCAUCAACAUGGUGAUUGGCCGACUACGAUCGGAUGAUGUGUAUAACCAAAUAUCAGCAUAUCCGCUUCCAGAGCAUCGGUCAACAGCUUUAGCCACCCAAGCCAGCAUGCUGUACAUUAUUUUGUACUUUGAACCAGAGAUUCUACAGAACCAACAAGCCAAGAUGAGGGAGAUAGUAGACAAGCAUUUCCCUGACAACUGGGUUUUAGGGGUAUACAUGGGCCUAACAGUCAACCUUCUGGACGCUUGGUCACCCUACCGAGCUGCAGUCACAGCCCUCAACAACACACUGGAUCAGGCAAAUGUCCGGGAACAGGCAACAAAGUAUGCUACAAAACAGGUUAAGUUGAAGCAGCCACUAGAAAAAUAUCUAAAGGAAGGUGUGCUCACGGAGGAAUUCGUCCUUGACACUAUCCCAAAGAUGAUGAACGUGAUGCGAGAGGCAAAUGUCACGGUCCGUUGGCUCAUGUUACAUACUUCACCUCUAUCUCUUAGUGCCGAUGCGAACAAGCGUUGCCGUUUGUUACGUGAGCAGGUCCUGACUGAUGCCAAGUACAAUCCUCUUGAGACAUUCCAGCUUCUCCUCAACAUUGGCCAGUUUGAGUUCAAACUCAAAGAGAUGUUUAAGCAGAUGCUAGCAGAGAAAGAGAAGAAGUGGGAGGAACAUAAGAAGGAGGGUAGUGAGAGAAUCCAGGAGCUCAGUGAGGUUUUCUCCGGGAGCAAACCACUAACCAGAGUGGAGAAAAAUGAUAACUUACAGAACUGGUUUGGUGAAAUGGCCAAGCAGAUCACAUCUCUCAGCUUUGAUGAUUCGACGUCAGCAGGGAGGAAGAUCGUACAGCUGAUACAGGCCCUGGAAGAGGUACAAGAGUUCCAUCAGCUAGAAAGUAACCUACAGGUACGUCAGUUUCUGGCUGACACCAGAAAGUACCUACACCAGAUGAUACGCACCAUCAACAUCAAGGAGGAGGUACUUAUCACCAUGGAGAUCGUGGCUGACCUCUCCUACGCCUGGGAAAUCAUUGAUGGCUAUACUGAGUACAUGCAGCAGGGCAUUAAGAGGGACCCUUCUCUUGUCAUCAAACUCCGAGCUACCUUCCUCAAGAUGGCGUCAGCACUUGACCUUCCACUAAUGAGGAUAAACCAGGCGAUGAGUAAGGACUUGGUUAGCGUGUCACAGUACUACUCGGGAGAGCUGGUGGCCUAUGUCAGGAAAGUCCUUCAGAUCAUUCCUCAGACAAUGUUUGGGCUGCUGUUCCGAAUCAUCAGCAUGCAGACAAACCAAAUCAAAGAGGUACCAACACGCCUGGAGAAAGACAAGAUGAAGGAGUUUGCCCAGCUGGAGGAAAGAUAUGAGGUAGCCAAAUUGACUCACUCCAUUUCUGUGUUUACGGAGGGAAUACUGAUGAUGAAGACUACCCUAGUUGGUAUCAUUAAGAUUGACCCCAAACAGCUGUUAGAGGAUGGAAUCAGGAAAGAACUGGUCCAACAAGUGGCUUUAGCUCUCCAUAAGGGACUCAUGUUCAACCCUAAAGCAAAGUCAAGUGAAUUACUGCCACGGUUGCAUGCCUUGGGAGAGAGAAUGGAUGGCUUCAGACGCUCAUUUGAGUACAUACAAGAUUACGUCAACAUUUAUGGCCUUAAAAUCUGGCAGGAGGAAGUGUCCCGGAUUAUCAACUAUAACGUAGAACAAGAAUGUAACAGCUUCCUGAGGACAAAGGUUCUAGAUUGGCAGAGCGUGUAUCAGUCCACAGCGAUUCCCAUCCCCCGUUUCCAGCCCGUCGAUGAGAGUGUAAACUUUAUAGGCAGGUUGGCAAGGGAAAUAAUUAGAAUUACUGAUCCAAGGGUGACGUGUUACAUCGACCAGAUGAAGUCCUGGUACGACCUGAGGACCAAAACAGAGAUUGUCAAUAGAAACCUAUUCCAGCAGCUACAGAGAGCUGUUGGGAGUUUUGGGCUGGCUGGUCUGGAUCGUCUUCUUUGUUUCAUGAUUGUGAAGGAAUUACAAAUUUACCAGCAACUGUUUAAGCGUAACCUGAUGAAUCCAAAGGACCGUUCUCUGUACGAGACAUUUGGAGUCUAUGCCAGGAGUCUAAACCCAGUGUCUAAUGUUGUUGGUCAGCCGCAGAAAACCUAUUCACAGAUGAUCUCCAAGACGUCCCGCCUCUGGCAGCCAUUUUUAGAUAUAAUACUCAGGGUUGGCCAGAUGCAGUUACUGAGGAAGCAAGUACAACAUGAACUGAGCACAUCUUGCAAGUUUGACUCCAAGUUCCUGGCUACUGGUUUACAGACCAUGAACACUGCUUUGCUGGCAGACAUUGAGAGGCAUUAUCAGGAUCCCACACUACCGUACCCUAAGGAGGAAAACCCACUCAUGUUUGAGCUGGCUGCCUAUCUGGAGUCUGCUGGGCUUCACAACCCUCUCAUGAAGAUUUACAUCACUACAGAGAGAUUACCAUGCUUCUCCGUAUUCAACUUCCUGUUGGUAGUGUCCCACCUUCCAAAGCUGGCCUACAGCAGGUCACUCAGUGGUAUGGUCAGUAAGAAGGUGACUGAUCCACUCGAUGGGCCGCCAUUUGUGACAGGAUGUGUGACACUUCUAAAACAGUUCCAUUCAGAGAGUACAAGCCACUUCCUAGCUUACCUUGGACAAUAUGUCCGUUCCAUUGUGGAGGUCCUACCAGGUACAAAGUCUCAGGAUGCACCACAAGAUGUCUUGAAUACACUCAUCUUCCUGGAGGACUUCCUGUUUUACAGUGGUCUGUCUAGAAAGGCUCUGGAUGCACAUGUUCCAUCAUACAUAUUUGACGAGUUUAGGAGCCAGUUCUCCCAGUGAACAAGUCACAAAGCUUUUACUGUUUUGCUGUGCAAUAUAUUAAAGGAUCAAGUUGCAAUAUAUUAAAGGAUAAAGUGCUAUAAAGUUGGAGGGUGCUUGUGUACAUCAGGAGAAAAAAAAAGAGUGUGAAAUGUCACCAAAUGAACCAAUGUUACAUUCCAUAAUGUAUUUUAUUUUAUUUUAAACCAUGAAACAUAAGAAGCAUGUAUUUCACAAAUUGUGGUCAUCAUCAUAACGUAUAUACAUGUAGCUGUGGCCUCUUAGUCUUACUACGGUCAAAAUACAGUAAAGUGUGGUCAUCAUCAUAACGUAUAUACAUGUAGCUGGUGUCUCUUUGUCUUAAUGUGGUCUAAAUACAGUAAUGAGUGAAACCAAAUCAUCAUGAUCAAUACUUAAUAUUGCAUUCAAUUAUAGUAGGGCCCAUCUUCAAGGCACCUCAUGAAAGUUCUUGAUUAUUUCUGUGACAUUCAGACUUCCUAGUAUUACCAGUGUAAAGAAUUUAACUUGGCUGGAUAAUCUAUCAUGUGAUUUAGGCCAUGUUAACAUAAAUCAAAAACUUAUAUGCAAAUUUUAUUUUGAAAUUAACGAUUAUAAUUGUAAAUAUGAUAAUUUCUGAUAUUUGUAGAGGUUGUUUAUCAGACCUGAUAACGCCUUGAAUUGUUAUAAAUACAUGUACAGUAUGUGGAUAUUGAAUGAAUUCUUAGAAUUCCAUUAUCAGUAAAGAACGGAUUCUCAGAACAUACAUUAGACAGAAUUUGUGCCAACUUAGAAAUACAAUACUUAUGUAUUGUAGGCGUUAUUAGAGCUGUAUCAGCAUAUAUACAUUACAUCUUCUCUAGCCAAGGUUUCUGAUUGUGUUACACUCCACUACGAGUAAAACAUAAUAAGAAACCUUGACUUGCGAAGAUGGAUACAUUCUUACACCAAAAAGGUAUGUGUCUGGGUGUGGAACAUUGAAAAAAAUAGGCUUUGUUUAUAAAAUGUUCAACAAUUAAUAUUUAAGUGAGUGAAGAAUACACAAAGUCUGAGAAUGUAAGUCUGAUAACUGUGAAUUUAUUUAUUUUAUGUGAUGAAAGUGAAGGAAGAAUGUAGGCAUGCAUUAUCAGUGUAUUUUUAAAGCUUUCUUGGUCAAACGAAAAAUGAGGUUAUUCCACGAUCUGUCUUGUCAUCUCUGGGCUUCUCAUAACCAAGAGCCAAGCAGCUACAGAAGGACUAUCAUAUUUGUUUAAAAUGAAUGACCUUCACCUCCGAGGUCACUUGUUAAAAACUGUGAACAAUUUUUCAUGUUUUGUAAGGAGGCUACUUGGAUGAAUUACCCUAACACAACUUUUUAGGUUGCUAGUUUCAAAGAUUAUCAUUACGUUCUUAGUCCAAAAUGAAUUGUCAGGGUCUAAUUCACAGGUUGAAAGAGUAAAUUAAAAUUUAACAACAAAGAUUCAUAAUGUGUAUGUAUUGCUUGUUAAUUGAUUCAAAGCUGACUGAAGAGAGAUUAUUAACAGGCGAGUGAUACAGGCCCAUUGAGCCUAUUGUUACUGUUACAUGUGUUGUUCAGACUAUAAAAACAAAAUAAAUUUUAUAGAAUAACAA